AUGGCGUCGUGUGUCGAGCAGACGAAAAAGCUCAGUAAGCAGCUGUCCAAGGCGGCUGCCGACGGGCAGACCGAGGAUGUCCUGUCGCUGCUGAAGCAGCUGAAGCAGGUCGUCGAACCAACCGAAGAGAUCAUCCGCGCGACCAAGAUCGGUGUCGCGGUCGGCAAGCUGCGCACGCACACGGACGCGCGCGUCGCGGACCUCUCCAAGGAGCUGGUCAAGAUGUGGAAGAUGCAGGUGGAAAAGCAGCGCCGCGAAUCGACUACCAAGGAGAAGCCCAAGAAGGAGGAGACGCCCGCGCCCCCGCCGUCCGAGACGAAGCCGGCACCCGCGAAGCCGGUCAACAUCGACUUUGAGGUGCUGAACGACAAGACGCGCAACGCGUGCCUGAAGCUGCUCUACGCGAGCCUCGAGCUCGCCCCGGACGCGGACGCGCAAAACGUGUACGGCUGCGCGCUGCGCAUCGAGCAGUCGACCCUCGACACGAUCGGCCAGGGCAACGUCAACGGAGACUACCGCGCAAAGGUCCGCAGCCUGAGCCUCAACCUGAAGGACAAAAACAACCCCGAGCUGCGCGAGCAGGUGCUCGACGGCUCGAUCUCUGCCGACGAACUCGUCGUGAUGAAGUCCGAGGACAUGGCAUCCAGCGCGCGCAAGGCCGAGCGCGAAAAGCUCCAGCAGCAGAACCUGCACAACGCCAAGGGCGCCGAGGCCCAGGAGGCCGAGACCGACGCGUUCCAGUGCGGAAAGUGCAAGCAGCGCAAGACGCGUUACUACCAGAUGCAGACACGGAGCGCCGAUGAGCCUAUGACGACCUUUGUGACCUGCGUCAACUGUAACAACAAGUGGAAGUUUUGCUAG